UUUUAGUCAAACCCAUCGAGAUCCCUCGUUCCGCUUACCAGAUUCUCAUUUUUAGUCAAACCCAUCGAGAUUUCCUCACUUCCGUGUUUACCAUUUUCAUGAUUCAGCCCGAAUAACAUGAAAUAGAUAAGGACGUUAUCUUCGCUUUUCCAGUGCAAUAGGGCAAUAUUCACUAUUGUUGGCUAGAUUGGCAUGUCGGCUGGAAGUAGAAGACAUCAGAAAAGCAGAUCUUCGAAACGAUUCUGCGAAGAAAAGUUUGCAUGCGACGGCGUUCGCACUGAAGCCACUUUCACUUGUGAUGAGUGUGGGACUGGACAAUGUGCUGCAUGUGAGGCCAAACUGCAUGACAUUUCCAAGUUUAGAUACCACGAUCGAAAAAAAAUAGAAGUGCCACCAGAUCACCUGUUGUGUCAGAAUUUCUCUUGCUCAGAAAGGAACUAUGCAGACCUAAGCUGUGAGGAGUGCAAGCUAAAUUUUUGCUUCUUUUGUGAUUCAAAGUUGCAUGCUGUUGGUCGGAAGAAGAAUCACAAACGGUCACCAUACCGACCACCUGUGCCAGUGAAUAAUCAGGCAAAAGACAUUCUCUUGGUGGAUGUAAAGCCUGUUGAAAAUCAGAUUCGUCAGAGAAGAAACAACAGUGGUCGUGGUAGAGGUUUGUCUUCUGGUUUUUCAAUCAAACCAAAUAUCAUUGCUGAUUGUGCUAGUCCUAGCAGUCCGACCUCGGAUGAUGAUGGUGAUUUUUUUACGCUGGGACAUGUCAGUGAUGACCAUUUCUCUUCUAGUCCUCCAAAACAUCUAGCAAAUUUUAAACAUUUAAGAUCUUUGAAGUCCAACCAACCUGUUGGUCUGAAUGCUGCUGUCUUAGACCUUGAUGUGCCAAAGGAGAACACGAUUCCAGGACAUAUUGGAAUCACAGGAAAUAUACCACAUAAACAUCCAGGAUUUGCUGAACCUGUUGCAUCAACUGCAACCAAAAGAUGCGAUAAUAAAAGCACAAAGAAAGACAUUGUGAUCACAGAGAAACCAGAUAUAGGCCUUUCAGCAAAUAUUCAGGAACUUGGGGUAGAUACAACUGUUCUGCAAGAAGACAGGUUUGACAGUCUAUUCAUAGCAAAAUCAGACGAAUUUAAAUCUUUCCAUAACUCCGAGGAAUUUAAAGGAGUUGAACCUCUAGAGGAUUACUUUGCCUCCCUUUCAAAGACACCUGAAGAAAACAUACCUAUUUUCAAUACAGCCAACCAUUUACCAGUUGAUCUGAUAGAGGAGACUGAGAGUGAGACACGCACAAUCUAUCCUGACAUUGAAGAAGAGCUUGGCAAUUGCACUGAAAUUGAAGACAUAAAGGAGGAGUCCAUCCCCAAUAAGGAAUACCAUAUUCAGAAACAAAGUGGUCAUAGUAGCAUGUCAAGUAUACCAGAUAUUGCUCAGACUACCCUUGAGAGUUCCUUGAGAUCAUUGGGGAUGUCUAGUGAUGACAUGUGGAAGAUUUAUGAAGGAUACAAGAGCUUCCCCAUUGUUAAUGAGCAAGAGGAACUUCAGGUGGAAAGCGAGAAAGAUUUCUUCCUAAGGUUAGGGAUAUCAAAUGAAACUGAUGUGAAAGUUGUCUCUAUAUUUGGGAACACAGGCGAUGGGAAGUCUUACACUCUAAACCAUACCUUUUUUGGCGGCCAAGAGGUCUUCACGACAUGUCCUAGUCAGUCAUCCUGUACAAUAGGCGUCUGGUGUGCCUAUAGUAAGGAGAACAAGGCCAUCAUAGUUGACACAGAAGGAAUGCUGGGUUCAACCUCCAAUGCCAAUCAACGGACAAGGCUCUUACUAAAGGUUCUUGCAAUAUCAGAUGUUGUAAUCUACAGGACUAACGCGGAGCGGCUGCAUGCGGAUAUGUUUAAAUUUCUUGGUGAUGCGUCAAAUUCAUACUUGAAGCAUUUCUCAAAGGAACUCAGUGCUGCCAUGAAGAGGUUUGAUCUUGGUGAUGGUCAACUUUCUCGACUUGGUCCAUCUGUUAUCAUUUUUCAUGAGACAAAACACACAGAUAUACUGGGAGCAGGCAUGCAUGGUCAAGAAUACAAAAAUACUGUCCACAAAAAGUUGACCAGCCACUUUAAAACAUCAAAUUGCAAAACAGAUGCCUUUUGUGCCCUGAACUAUGUUGGGACAAAAACAGAAAAAAACACAAACUUCAAUGAGUUGCAUCGUGAAGUCAGACAACAGUUGGAGAAUACGUCAGUCAGGGCUCCCAGGAGUGUAAGGGUCAUCUAUGGAGCACUGAAGGCUCUCAAUGAGAAGUUCAAUGGUGAUAUUGGCAUGCACUUGCCCAGUACAUUUCCUGAUGAGUAUUUUACGUGCCAAGCUGUAUGCUUAUCCUGUGGCGCCCGAUGUACCAAGUCCAUGAACCAUGCAAAGGAGGAUGCAGACCAUGAUGCUGGGCCAGAGAAAAAUUGUGUGUUUACCACCAAGUACAACAACACAGUCUUCACUUGCAAGAUCUGCCACAUGGCUGGGAAAGGUAAUAAGAUUGUCAUACCAAAGACUGCAUCAUCUUCAGAUGGGGCAUGGGUAGGACUAGCAAAGUUUGCAUGGUCAGGUUAUAUCUUGGAGUGCCCACAACAUGGCAUCAUCUACCAGAGUCGUAAAUACUGGUAUGGUAAUGAAGAACCAGAAAAGGAAGCAGUCAGGACUGAGAUCAGACAUGUUUGGCCAGGGGGCAACACAGUGCUCCAAAGUUCUCAUAAUGCUGGAAGAAAGCUGCUGGAUGGGAUGUCCUACUUGUCUGAUACUGUGAGUGGAGUGAGUGCUAAACCAACCAAGAUGCUCUCAGCCUGGAUGGCAGAUCAGAUCGCUCCUGCUUACUGGAUACCCAAUUCGGAGAUAAUUAAAUGUCAUGCUUGUGAGGCUGAAUUUGGCCACAGUGAAACGAAACAUCACUGUCGGGCGUGUGGACAUGGAUUCUGUGAUGCGUGUUCAUCACAGAAGAAGCCAGUGCCAGAACGAGGCUGGGGAGAGACCCCAGUCCGGGUUUGUAACGGUUGUUACAAUGGUGCUGGAAAUCCAGUUGAAAUUCCAGAUGGGGAGGACCCACAGGUUACGGCUAGGAAGGUCGGAGAAACCAUCGCUAACACUGUCGGCUUUGUUGCAUCUGUCAUAGAGUACCCCAAGGAUUUCAUCAAGGAUUCAGCACGGCCAGACUACUGGGAGCCAGACAGUGAGAUCACCCAUUGUAAUGUUUGCAACAAGGAGUUCGACAGCAAGCUCAGCAAACACCACUGUCGGAGUUGUGGGAAGGGCGUGUGUCGUGUGUGUUCUCAGUUUAGGAGGAAGGUCCCAUCAAGAGGUUGGGACGAGCCCGUCAGAGUGUGUAAACAGUGCAACAAAAAGAAGGGGGAUCUUUAGUUGCUGAUUUUGUGUGUUGUGACUAUAACUCUUCCCCUAUAGUCAAUAACGUCCGUGAUAUGUGUUUUGGUAUCAAGCACAUACCAUCGAGUCUGAAACAAUGCAACAAUGUUGUGCCAAAACCCUGGCCUUCGGUGUCUGAUUCCAUGAGAGCAUUUUCCUGCAGCAGUGCUACUACCAGCCUGGCCGUUAUUUGGUGGUGGUAUUAAAAAUAGCCUAUUAUCACUGUUGAUGGUAAUAGAAGAAUCAUCAAAAGAUGCCAAGUGCACCAGUGGGUAAUUUUGAUUUCCAAACAACUGCUGGGUCCAAACGUAGUUUUGCCGAAGCCAGAAAGUGCUCUCGUUAAAUCAAGCCUUUAUAAUCAUUGGUCCCUGCAGCUUGGACUGGAAAUAUGAGACCCCUCUACCCUGUAUACUAUACCAAUGCUAUGUAAGUGGUUCUUUAAAAUAUAGUUUGCUAAAAUACUGUAACCUCCUUUAACUGAUGAAGUUAUCCUUAGAGGAAAAAAGUUCAACAUUAUAUAUCAGAUGUCAUUGGCCUCAAUGAGCAACACAUUCACCAAAUGUCAUUUUCGGGGUACUUCAGUCAAAAACAAAAAUGGAAUGAAUAGCUUUUUGAAUACGUUUCAUUGUGAUAUAGAAGAUAACUUCAUUGUUUAUAUUGAAUUGCUGUACAUUGUAUAUUUGAUGUAAAUACUUUAAAAUAGUGUCAUAGUCAGAGUAGGAUUUAUCAUCUCAAUUGUUGGUUAUAAAGGGUAUAUUUUUUGCCGAUAUAGCAUAGGAAUAGAUGAAAAACAAAAGACCCUUGCAAUAUUGACAAAUUAGUAGUUACUCUUCUUGUAUUCUCUAAAAUAGUACUCUCUGCAUGACCUUUGCAUGUAUGAAUAGCAUUGACGUCUUAGAUCAGUCAUAGAAAGGCUGUUUGAAAUAGAAAUAGACGCUUACAACACUGUAGUAACUGCGUAGUGCAACAAUGGUCAUAAUUGUUGACCAUGUAGUAGGCUAAAGCAUUUGCCAGUGGUUCGUUCCAAAUCAAAUUUCUUGUUUUUUCUGCUGAUACAGUGUCCGAUUUUGUCAAUGCAAGUAUUUUAGAUACUUAAGAUUUUGAAUUUCAUCUCAGAGGAGAAAAUGUAUUUAACUGGUGCGGCAUUUGUGUAAAAUCACCACAAAUCUGAGUGCCAUUUUCUGAUGAAAUGGACAAUUGGUCUACUGGAGGAAUACUGAUAUGUUUUUUGUAGAUAACAAACUUACUUUCAAAAUAUACUUAGCCUGAUUAUGCUGCUUGUAAUGUAUAACAAAUGUUCUGCAGAAAGUCAACAUAGUUAUAUCAAUAACUCCAAUAAAUCAAUUUAAGCUACAUGUACACCUGCGUCAAAGGCUGUGGCGAUGUCCAUCCAAGGUUGUUAUCAAAGUUAAGUCAAUCACAGCCUUGAGGUAACUGAGAUGUAGACACGCACACAUGCUGUAUCAUUAUAAUUUACACUAUCAUCUGUGUACAGCAAAUGUCAACACUUGGCUGUAUAUGUGCUUUUCUUCGUCUGUGAUGGUAACCUUCUGAUUUUGUGUUGCUUGGUGCAUGUUUUAUUAGCAACUCACUUGCGUAGUGUGUAAAGAGUACGGAUUUUAACUUCAAACAAAACUAUGAACUUCUUUGAAGGCCUACUCUAUUCGUUAAGAAAUUGAAGGUUUAUGAAACUCCUUUGUGUGGGGAAUGUUCUGAAUAUGAAUUUCAACAUAGCUGUUGCGUAGACUGAUAUACUAAUACUGUAUAACAGCUAAGUUUAUGCAAAUGGGUUUGCAUAAAACUGCACUUUUUUUCCACCAUUAUAAGUCAUUAUUAUUGUUAAAGAAUGAUUUAAGUAUAUGUACAGGUUUUCACAAUUGUGUGCAGAUUCUGGCUUUUUCUUUUGUUUGUAUACUCAAUCAAUGGUUGUAAAUGUACUGAUGUAUUAUAUAGUGGAGGAAAAAUAAAGCUGAAAAUAGUU